GGUAGGUGGUAAAUCGACACGUGACAAAGACAGAGACAGAAGACAGAGCUAUCAGGUACGACAGAGCUGACUAGCUGACAGACGUUUCAGAUGAUAUUUCAUGUGUUUAACUGUUUAUUGUGUUUUGGACUUUGGUUGUGUUAAGCUAUUGUAAUGUGUUGCAUCAUUGUGCUACUAAUGCUUCAUAAUUAAAAAUUCGGAAUGGUUAUUCGGAGAUACCUUUGUGAUUGGGAACUCAGUGACGAUUUCCUCGAACAAAUUCAAGCUUUCGAAGUUUGGAGCAAUGAUUAUGAACUUGGAAAUGCCAUCUUUGUCAUGAAAAACCAAAAUGUAUACGCUGCUGGAGGUAUUAUCGAAUGCUGUGGAAGAGUUUUGUCGUCAGAAAACUUUGAUGUUAAAGAACGCUUUUAUGAACCGGUCAACAUUUCUGAGUUGUGUGGCAAACAAAUUAAAAAAUGUAUACUUGGCAUCAGUCAAGUUUUCAUUUGUACCGAAGAAGGCAAAGUUUUCGGUUAUGGAUCUUCCGACGCUGAUGUUGCCCCAUAUUUUGUACCUCAAGAAGUUGUUGAAUUACGAGGACUGUUCGUAGUUGACAUUGCUAUUGGACCAGCUGGAAGGAAUCUGGCUGUAUGCGAUGAUGGAAAGAUUUAUUUAUUCGAAUUUGGCGAAAAAUCGAAAUAUCUGAUAAACUCAUGUAGUUCAGAAAGUGCAAAACCGCUCAAUGUGUUUUAUAUGACUACCGGAGAAUAUUAUAUUUCGUUAUUGGAAAACGGAACAGUAGCAAAGGCGAUUAUCAAUGACAUUGACUUUUCAGCUAGUGAUUAUAAUGAUAGUCGUGAUGAAAAUGGCUGCGAAGUGAAGACUUUUCAUUUGACUGAUCUUGAGGGAAUUAAGAAAAUGGUUUGUGGAUCCUCACACGCGCUUGCUCUGGAUGAACUUGGUCGUUUAUUUGUGAUAGGCAGUAAUCAAGAAGGUGAGCUGGGACUAGAUACGCCUGAGGUGCCUCGUGAAAGCAGAUUUGUACUCAAUUCAUCUUUUGAGGAAAAGAUUGUUGAUAUUGCUGCUAGUCGUUUUUGUUCCCUGUCAGCUGUCUUGACUGAAAGUGGAAAAGUGUAUAUGUGGGGCAAAGGCCGAGGAGCGCCCAUGUUCAAACCUAAGCUUACACCGUUUUAUUCGCUUCAUAAAGCGUUCUUUCAUUAUGCGAAUCCUUUGGUAACUUAUAAAUCGAUGAACGUAAACGAAAUAUCCCCUACAAUUUCUGAGCCAAUGAAAAAAUUUGAGUUACCUGACUUUGAAUUCGAAUCACCUGGACCGGUCAAGUCCUGUGACGUGUGCAUUGAAGUGGGCAGUAGAAUUAUUCUGACUCAUACAUCCGUGUUAUCCUCUCGAUGUGAAUAUUUUGCUAAAUUAUUUCAAGAAGAUCGACUGUGUCAUGAGUGUGAGAAAAAAAUUAAAUUAAAAAGGUAUAGAGUUCUAGAAGCUACAGAAAACUACAAUUUCAACGUCAUGAAAGCUUUUCUGAAAUACCUGUACACCGAUCAAAUCGACGUCACGUUACCCUUCAACGACCUUAUAGGUAGAAACAAAAUCGAGAUAGAAUUACUCGAUUUGGCGAAUGAGUUGGAUGUAGAACACUUGGCCGAACGUUGUGUGUUAUUGAUACAGAUCAAGAUUACUGUUGAAAAUGUUUUUUAUUUGUUUUAUUGCGUAGAACAGAUGAUGAAAUCAACAAAGAUGAGAAGCAUUCUUAAUAAGUUAAUGAAUUACUGUGUGGUAUUCUAUGGGAACAACAAACCCGAACUGAAACAUCCCUUAAAAUGAAAAUCCAACAUCAUUCGCGAGUGGUUUAUAUACAAUUCUUAAUUUUAUCUACAAAGUAGGAUGCCUGGUUCUUCAGACAGGUAAGACGAAGUCAUUGUGAUCAUGAAAUCAUGACACAACUGCCAAAGAAAGAAAUC